CCUCUGUUUCACGAAUACCCGACUGAUCCGCAAACCUAUGGUAUAGACGAGCAGUUUAUGUGGGGAUCAGUUGUACUCUUUUCGCCGUUUCUGUUUGAAAAUCAAACCGAAGUGAAUGCAUACCUUCCCGACGAUGUCUGGUAUGAGCCGACAGAAGACUUUGCAAAAUUGUAUCCCAAUAGAGGACACGUAAAACUACCCGAUUCUCGACUUUUCCCGCCUUUCCAUCUGAGGGGAGGAUAUAUUUUGCCCAUCGGUUGUGAUAAAGCAAUCAAUACACAGAUGUUGAGAGAAAAACCUAUUAAUUUAGAGGUCUAUCCGAAGAAUAAGAGUGCAAAGGGAGACAUGUAUUGGGACGACGGCGACUCUCUCAACACUAUUGAAACAAAUCAUUAUAAUUUCUAUGAAUUUGAAUUGUUGUCCAACUGUUCCCUUCAUAUUGUGGUCAAAACCAAAGGUUAUAAUUCAGAGAAACCGCAGAUAAUUGAAAAGGUUUUGAUUGCAAACACUUUUAAUGCAAAGAUUAACGCUUUAGUCGAUGGAAAACCCGUUGAAAGUGUUGUAUUAAAAGACGAUUCGACCAGAAUUUCAGUAAAUAUUGAUUUGAAUUCCGGAAAAGUGGGACAGAAAUGGGUUAUCGAUUGGAAAACGGCUGACAAUACAUGUAAUUUGAAAUAA